AUGGCGGAUGAGCAAUGCGACUUUGUUGAGCACUUCAAAACACCAUUGAAUGCUUGUAGCUUGGAAACAUUGCCACCAGUUUCUUGGGGAGACGAGAAGAGGAUCUGGCCGCUUAUGAUCGGUUGCUACGAACUGGACGAAUCUACAGGAGAAAGAAAUGGACGUUUAGACUUCUACGCCGCCCCGGUUCCGCAGGAUGGAGAAACUUUUCAAGGAAUUGGUAGUCCAAGGAAUGUUAUUGGGAGAUCUAAUCAGCUCUCGGGAGUGCUGGAUGGGAAAUGGUACAAUCGUCAUUUAGAUGACGAAUCACUACUAUACGCCACAGCUCACGCAUCAGGCGAGAUCAUUGUCCACAAAAUCCAGGGUGAACAAAUAACCUUGAUUGGUAGAACUGAUAGCAGAGACUCUGGUCUUUGCUUAUCGUUAUCUUGGGACUUGUAUGGCGACAGUUCUGCUACCAAAAGUCGGAUUAUUUCGUCGUACAGUGAUGGAAAAGUUGGUAUUCAUGAUAUCAAUAUCUCACAUGACAAGAUUGGGUUUGAGCAAACUCAUUUCUUUGAUGCGCAUAAAAUGUUCCGCUCCCCAGCCGAAGUUUGGUGUGCUAGCUUCACAAGUAAUCCAAAUGUGGCAAUGACCGGUGGCGAUGAAGGCAACCUGAAGAUAUGGGACUUACGGGCAGGUGUUUUGUCCCCAAUGCAGACGUUGAAGGACUUUAGUGCUGGUGUUACAGUCAUUUCGCCACACCCCCGAAUCGAUCAUAUUAUAGCUUGUGGGAGUUACGAUGAGACCGUUUGUAUAUACGAUCUCCGAACUGUCACUGAUUCCAAACCGAGCCCUCUGUGCCAUUCUGAUCCAGUCGGUGGAGGCUUGUGGAGAAUGAAGUGGCAUCCAUACGACGACAGCAGACUUUUGCUGGGAGCGAUGCAUGGUGGUUGCCGAAUUGUUCAACUUGAUGACUUAUCAAGUGAAUCAGUUCAAUUUGAAAUCACACAAAAGUUUACAAAUCACGAGAGUAUGGCAUACGGUGCCGACUGGAUUGUAGAUAAAACAGCACAAGUUGUGGUAGCAGCCAGUUGCUCCUUCUAUGAUCGUGCAUUUUAUGCGUGGAGAGUCAAUGAGAAAUGA